AUGGCCGUCUAUUGCAGCGAAGCCUUCGCCGUCUACCCUCCUCCUCCUCCUCCUCCGUCCGCCCCGUCGGGGCAAAGGCCUCCCAGCUUCGGCGACUACGGAACAUCCUCGUCCUCCAGCCCCACUGCUGGAUACUUCAGCAGCAGCAUCAGCAGCGGAGGCACAGGGGGAUCCUUCCUGCCCUACGGACCCUGCCCUCCAGUGGUGCCCAGAGGCGUGGGGGCUGCUCCGUCCUCCUGCUCCUCUAGUCCUGCCGCAUCCUCUCCGGGGUCGGAACUGGGCUGGCUGAGCCUGGCGGCGGCCAGCCAAGAGGAGCUGCUGCGGCUGGUGCGCCCUCCCUACUCCUACUCAGCCCUGAUCGCCAUGGCCAUCCAGAGCGCCCCCGAGCGCAAGCUGACCCUCAGCCACAUCUACCAGUACGUGGCCCACCACUUCCCCUUCUACAAGCGCAGCAAGGCCGGCUGGCAGAACUCCAUCAGGCACAACCUCUCCCUCAACGACUGCUUCAGGAAGGUGCCCCGCGACGAGGACGACCCCGGGAAGGGAAACUACUGGACCUUGGACCCAAACUGCGAGAAAAUGUUUGACAACGGGAAUUUCCGUCGCAAGCGCAAGAGGCGUUCUGACCCCAACGCCUCUACUGUGACCUCCACUGUUUCCACCUUGGGGACUCUGAAGACGGAGGAAGGGCACUCUGUUUCUUCAGCUCCAGGAAAGCCAAGUGCCGAGAGCCCCUCCUCAGAGCUGGAGCCGGUGGCUUCCAUGCGGGACCAUUCAAAGAGCACCUCUCCGCCUGUGAUUGUUUCACCUACCCCCAACUGCCUCAGCAGCUUUUUCAGUGGUAUGAACUCGCUCAGCAAUGGAGGCCGUCUUCCAGGGAGCUUCAGCAGUGAUCUACAUCAUAGAAACCUCCCAGCUGGGCCGCUGAGUGGGAGCAGUUUUGCCCAAGAGGUCCCCUCUGCGGAGCAACUCCAACGGGUUUCCGCGCCUGCAGGGGCCUACUACAGCCCGUUCCAUCCUGGCAGUGGUCAGUCAGGCCAAUACAACCACUUAUACAACUUCACAGUCAAUAGCCUUAUCUAUGCACGGGAGGGCACUGAAGUGUAAACCUGUUGUGUAGUUAGACCGUGGUACUACCAGGCCCAGACGAAGGAGGCCAUCUUUAUUGUUCUGUGUCCAAGAACACUAUAUCUCCCCUCCCACUUUUUUGUUUUUGUUUUUAGUUUCUUUAUUGUUCUUAAAAUUGACUCCAUUCAGGACAACUUCCUGGCCCAGGAACAAAAGAUGUUUGAAACGUAGGGGGAAAUUUUACAACGCAAUCUGGACUUGAAAUAUUUCUUUGCUUAUUGCAAGAGUGCCACCAGGUUUUGCAAAUGAGGACCAUCAAGACCGAGUGAUUUAAAGUAUUUUCAGUGUUGACAUUAAAUCUAUUUUUUAAAAGAUAAAAAGAGGACCAAAUAUAGAAACGUAGCCUUGGAGGUAUAUUGUUCGUUGGCGGCUUGUUGUUCGGGUGGGGUUUGGUGUGUAUUUUGGGGCCUCUGUUUACAAAUGCUAUGGUUCAAAAGAAACGGAUGAAGAGGUUUAAUGAAGUGCCUUGAACAGUGUAAAAAAAAAAUCUAGAUGCCUUUGCUGAGAAUUAUCUGUUUGAAACUGAAUUUGUUAGCCAACUUUUCACUGCCAUAAACAUUUUUUCCUCCAGUUCACAGCAAUGCACCAAGCAGAGAUGUCUUGGGCCUCGGCAUGGUGACUAACAUGACUUGUAUUUGGCUUGGUCAGGGCUGGCCCUACCAUUUGACAGAGUGAGGCAACAACUUGAAGUGGUACAUACUGGGAUGCACCUGUACCACUCUCAGUCCUGCACCCUCUAAGUUUUCUUAUCACUUCCCCAAUACUGCUAUGGUUGAAGUAACAUUCAGCUGUUGCUUCAUUUUUCUUUUGUAUGUGGGAUGGAGUGGUACCAUCUUAUCCAUUGCCUCAAGCUGCAGAAUGUCACAAGUCACAGAGAGCCACAAGUGCAGGUUAGCCGGAAACCAGCAAGUCCACUAGUGCCACAGUUUAUUUAAGAAAAGCACUAUGCAUUUUUGUAGGGCUUUGUGGAACUGUAUCAGGCAGCUUAAUCUUUUGCUGCUCAUUGCAGUCAAGACUAUGGGCACACUUGUAUGUGGAAAUAAAUUCCAACAAAGGCAGUGUGUGCAGAAUUGAUAGAAAAAACCAUGCAAUAUAGCCUUCCUGGAACUGGUUUUUACCAUGAAAAAAGUUCCUGGGGUAGAGAAAAUAUGUAUAUUCCAGUGCAGUCUUCCCUGCUGUGUGCAGGCUUGUAUUUUGUCAGGCAACAUGGAAGCUUAAUACUUUCACGGUAGCAUUCUAAGUCAAUGCAGUCCUAGGGCUGUGGGACUUUGUGCCUCUAACAAUCAGAAUGAUCCCAUGUUUUGAGGCGACCCAAAUGCCAGCAUCAGUACUUGUUUUCUGGAGCAAUCAUUUUUACGUAGCUUUGUACCAAAGAUGUAUGUAUUUUUUCAGCCUUCAGUUUUUGCUGAAGCAGUUUGCCAUGUAUUUUUUAUAUAUACAUGCUACUUUGUCACAUCCCACUCUGUAAAUUGAUUUUUACAUGAGUCUUAAUUUGUAAAUUAUGACCUGGAAACUACUUAUUUAUAAUGUUCUGGGAAAGUUUUAUGUUUCUUUUCUCCAUUAGUACAUAGAAAUGUUGGGAAUAAAUUUUGUUUAAAGUUGUUACACAGUUAUGCAUUCCUUCACCUUCCAUUGUUGAGUGUUUUUGCAAUGUGUACACAGCCUGGCUUGGGGAAAACUUUCUUAAUUCACUGUUGUAUAUUCCUUUUUAUACCACAGUCCAUUUUGAAGUUCUCUUGCACAAAUUCUAUGUGAAAUCUAUGCUUCCUGUUCUGUUUAUUUCAAUAGGCCUUGUUUUAGAAAAUUGUGCCCCUAGUAGUCUGGGCUGGGUAAAAAUGCUUUUCAUGAACAUUCAGAGUU